AUGCAAAACACUUACAGACAGAUAAUCUGCCUAUGUGCCCUCACAGGACUAGCUAGUGGCGGAGGAUACGGACUACUCAAUACCGGAUCUACUCAAAGCUACGGUAGCUACGACGGCUACGGCACAGGUUACGCUGGUGGCUACGGUGGCUACAAGCCAGGUUACACAGGAUACGGGGGAUACAGACCGGGACACGCUGGAUCAGGCUACGCAGGCUCAGGCUACGGAGGUUACUCAGGCUACAGACCAGGCUACUCGGGAUACAGACCGGGAUACAGCGGUUAUAGACCAGGAGGUGGUUACAGACCGGGAGGUGGUUAUUCGGGAGGGGGAUAUAGUCCAGGAAUUGGAGGAUACGGAGGUUACGAUGCAUAUGACCUAGGAUCGAGUGGUUACGACGGCUACAGUGGCUACGGAGGUUACAGUGGACUUGGAGGACAUGGAGGGUACAGUGGACUUGGAGGGUACAGUGGACUUGGAGGAGGAUAUGGUGGAAUUGGUGGUUACGGCUCUAGUGGAGGAACGAAUUUUCUAGGAGGGGGAUACAGGCCUUAUAGUGGAUCGCACAAACGGAAAGGUGUAAAGAAAUCGAGGGAAGAAAUUUUAAGAGAAAAAAGAGAGCGUGAGCGGGAAAGACGUAGAAAAAUACGGGAAGAUCCAGUUAAAAAGGAGGAACAAAAAGAAAAAGAGAGGCAAAAAUAUAUGAAACAGAAACAAGAUAAAAUUAAGAAAACUGUUGAUGAUAUGACCCCCAGAGAACUACGUCAGAUACGAAAGAAAUGGAAGGAAAAUUCAAAGAACUACCGUUUAAAGAAGAAGCGAGCAGAAAUGGAAAGGUCUUUAUUGGAAUUAAAUACCCCCCCAGUUUCUUCUGAUGAAGAAAAUCGCCCGGCAAACGUAGAUGUGUCUAUUCAGCGACAGGUUGGCAGAAAAAUAGCAAACAGGAACAAAGUUAAACGAUAUAGAGACAGAAAAAAUGCAGAGCGUAAGAUGCAGGAUUUGAAAAGGAAGAGUGAAUCAUACAAGAAGAAAUACUACAGACUUUUAGAGAAGACCAAACAGGAAAAAAAUCAUAAGACUAUUGAUACAGACUUGACUCCGCUAACAAAAGUAAACAUGUUACUUGAUGCAUCCCAGAUUGAAUCUUCAAAAGUUGAAGAAGUAAAGAAAAGUUUGAUAUUUGGAGAAGUAGUACAGCAACAGUUAGUAAAUACUUACCAAGAAUUAAAGAGCGAUCAAAAGAAACAAAUCUUCAAAAAAAUUUUGGAUGGCAAAGUAAUAAAAAAAUACAAAUUGCGAACCAAACUUUCGACAGUCAUGAAAUUUAGAAAAUCAUCAAAUUUUGACAACAAGGAUAUAUCUAGUUUUGAGAGAAAAAAAGGCAAACAUACUCAAAGAACUGAAAUUAUUAAACAAAAGAUUAAAGACUUUUUAGAACAAGAGGAUAAUAGUAGAGUAUGCCCUGGCAAAAAAGAAUUUGUGAAAAAAAAUAAAGUAAAGAAACAAAAGCGUUUUCUAUCAAACACGUUGAAAAAUCUAUACCAAAAAUUUCUUCAUGCUUAUCCAAACUUAAAAAUGAGUUACAAAUUUUUUUGUCUUGCUCGACCUUUCUAUAUUAAGCCGAUGAGAGUUUCUGAUAGAGACACGUGCAAAUGUAUCACCCAUGCCAAUAUGGAAUUGAUUAUCCAAAGUCUGUACGUAAAUAAUGUUGUUUUUGGGAAAACUCCCAAUGACAUGGUUAAAGAUAUAUGUUGCAGCUCCUAUGCUCCAGACUGCCUUUUACGCAAAUGCAAGAAUUGUGAAAAUGCCAAACCUCAUUUUAAAGAGUACAAUGAAAACGAUAUUAUACAAUAUUUUCAAUGGAUUUACUUGAAACAAAACUAUUUCAACAAGAAAACACAAACAGUAAAACAAACCAGAAAAAUCGCAAAGCAACCCAAAGAAGUCAAAGCAUCUGAAUUGGUAACUAUUUUCAUGAAAAAUCUACCAAUAUUUUUGAGUCAUGAAGGCAGAAUUUCACAUCAGCAUCAGUCCAUCUCCGAAUUGAAAAAAGUGCUGAAAGCUAACGAAAUCAUAAUACACUGUGAUUUCAGUGAAAACUAUUCUUUGAAAUACGCAGAAGAAAUACAGUCGUUUCAUUUCGGAGGUGCAAGACAGCAAAUUUCAUUGCACACUGUUGUAGUUUACAGCAAAGAUGGAUCGAACACUGUUACCAAAAGUUACUGCACUCUGUCAGAAUCCCUACAUCAUGGACCAGCGGCUAUUUGGGCCCACCUUCAACCUAUCCUGAAAGAAUAUACUGAAAAUGGAAUCGACAUAAUCCACUUUUUAAGCGAUAGUCCCGCAACCCAAUAUAGAAACAAACAGAUGUUCUCGUUCAUUACUAGUCACUUCAUGGAGCAUUUUCCAGAAGUUAAAAAUGUAUCAUGGAAUUACCACGAGGCAGGCCACGGCAAGGGAGCUCCUGACGGGAUUGGUGGCGUUUGUAAGAGAACAGCAGAUCGAAUUGUAGCCCAAGGAAAGGACAUUUCUAAUUUUGAAUCUCUUGUUAAUAUUUUGGGAGAAUGCUGUCCUGGUAUAGUUUUUCAUGUAAUCAAUUCUAAAGAUAUAGACACUUUUGCAUCUAUUAUCGAUAAACAAAGCCUGUUAGCUUUUAAAGGCACUCUAAAAGUUCAUCAGGUUAUACCAGUGAAGAAAAAGCUUUGGUUAAGAAGUCUUUCAUGCUUCACAUGUAGAGAUUUUUGUAACCACUUCCAUCUAGGCUCCCUCGUUUACAAAGAUGUAUCCUCUUCGGCAGAGUCUGAUGAAGACUUUGAUGAAGAUUUACCUCUUAGUGAUUUAUUUAAAAAUAAAUCUGCAGAGUCUGAUGAAGACUCUGAUGAAGAUUUACCCCUUAGUGAUUUAUUCAAAAAUAAACCAAAAAUAAAAUUUAGUGAUGUUUACAGCGACGACGAAGCACCAACGUGCUCUUAUCCCAGCUCCAGAGUGAAAACUGGAGAUUAUGUAUUAAUAUCCCUUCAAAGUGCAAACAAAAAACUUGUAGACUAUUAUAGAUAUGUCGCUGUGUGUCAAUCAGAUUAUGAAGAUGGUGAAAUCAAAGUUGCUUUUUUGAAACUAUCUGAUUGUGCAAAUGGAGAUACAUUUAAGCUUGGUGAAGAAAAUGAUGUAUCUUAUGUUCAAGAAGAACAGAUACUUGAAGUUCUUCCACAGCCAAAAUUAGUAAUGAAGGGACACAGAAUAUAUUACCAAUUUCCACGUUCAAUUAAUGUUUUUGAAACUGCAUAA